AUGCGGACGCUGAAAUGGUUCCUGUUCCUGCCGCUGUGCCUGUCGUGCGGCGACGCCUUCAUGUUCUCCUCGCCCAGGGAGCCCGUCAAAGAGCCGCCGGGCAAGGCGCCUUGCGGCGGGCACUUUCGGAUUAGGCAGAGCUCGCCGGAGCACGCCCAGGGCUGGCUUGCAAGCAAAUGGCUCUGGUUCUUCUUUGUUGUCGUGCUGUACAUGGUCCUGAAGUUUCGGGGAGGUGGUGAGAAGAGCAAGGAAAAGAGUCCCCCUGGCCUUCGAGGCUGUUCGCUGCGUGCUCCAGUCAAGAAAAACCAGGGUGCUUCCCCCAGCAAAGACUACGCCUUCAACACCUUGAACCAGCUCGAGAUGGACCUUGUGCAGUUUGUGUCCAAGGUGCGGAACCUCAAAGUCGCCGUGGCAACCGGCAGCAACCACAAGGCUCCGAGCCCGGAGAUGUCCGGGGACCCCCAGAACAAUGUGACGAUCUACGAGAUAUGGGGCGAAGAGGACUACGAGUGA